AGUUUUUUAUACUUUUUAAUUGCACCAUAAAACGAAAGUAACGAUACCAAAGCGCACUCAACGGGCUCUGUGGUAUAAAUACCUACUUACAUCAAAGCUAAAUUCUCUCAAGAAACAAAGCAAAAGAGAGAACAAAGUGAAAAACAUAUUCUCCUCUCUCUUUAGAUUCUCAGUUUCUUUUCAUGAAUCUAGACUAAGAACCCAAUUGGUCUCUUACCCUAAUAGAGAGAUCUGAAGAAGGAACAGCUCUGUUUCUUAUUUCUUUAAGGGUUUUUUUUUGUUUUCCUUCUUCUUCGGUUGUCACAACCAACACAACACCAAUGGAUUCCUUUAGUGCUCAGAAAACUAAAUCGAGAAAGAUGAAGAAGGUUGCGAAGAAAUCUCGUGUUCAGAUAAUCUUGGAUAUGUUUUUCCGGGCGAUGGAGAUUAUUGUGGUUUUGGUCACAGUAGCUAAGCUUUGUUAUGAACUCGUUAUCACGUUCGAGGAUUCUGGUGUCGCAGAGGUUAUCCUUGCAAACCGCAGUCUCGCGUUUGUUGUAGGAAACGCGAUAGUCUUCGCUCUGAUCGCUAAAUCCGGUUUCUUCUUGAACCAAGAACUUGAUCCCAAGUGCAAAAGAAGCGAUCUUUACGAGGAGUUUGUUCGGGAGAGCUCAAGGAGAGAUGGAGGGAUCUCACGAGCCGUGGUCAGAGGACAACAGAGUGAAGCAGAGAACGAGGCUAAACAGAGCAUCACCGAGAACAUAGUAAAAGAGAACGAAGAGAAACAGAGCAAAUAUGAGAAGAAGACGAGACAGAUCAUUUCUGAGAAGAGAGUGAGACAGAGCAAACCUGAGAAGUUGACAAAACAUAUAAUCUCAGUGAACAGAGAGAAACAGAGCGAAGUUGAGCAUCAGGACAUAGCUGUGAAGACGGAGAAAGAGAAUUUGACUGAGAAGAGACAAAUUCAAAGUUACAAACGAAGCCAGUCAGAGAAUCUGAAGGUUUUGGAAAAGAGUUCUUGUGGAAAAUUGAAGAGAUCGGAGACGGAUGCAUCUUCUGAAAGAUUUGACUCCGACGAUGAACUCCGAUACAAGAUCGAGUCUUUCAUUGCAAGGCAGAGAAGGAAUCAAAAUGAUGAUUAGGUUUGUAUUAUUUAGAUUAAAAAAAAAAUACAAAAAAAUAAGCAAAGAAAAAGACACUAGUUUAUGCAAAAUAGCAUUCACGUGUAGAAUAUAUUUAAGUGUUUGCUAUAGCAUAAAUAUUUGUUUACCUUUUUUUUCUCU